AAAAAAUAAAUGUAGUGCUGCAUCGCUUCAGCCUCUUUCUUCUAAAUUUCCAAGACGCCUGAAUUCUGUAACCCCGUCCAUAAGCUGAAGGUCUGCUUUGUCCUGUAGGGAAAUGAGGCAUUUGAAAACGCCUCUGGCUUUUCUAGGGUUUGCUCUUCUAGCUCUGUUAACAGCAGAAAGAGUACUCUGCAUUCGCUCUCUGGAUGGAUCACAGAUAGUUAUGGUGGAGAGAAAUGAGGCAUGGAAAACAGCUGUGUUCGCUUUGGGAAGUUUCUGGAGAGCCGAAGCAUCAUUUGGUUGCUUGCCUGGUGUGAUUCGGACACUUGCAGUCUAUGCAGGGGGGACCAAGACUAAUCCAGACUAUCGUAGCCUUGGUGAUCAUGCCGAAGCUGUGCAAGUUGAUUAUGAUCCAAAGUUAAUUAAUUAUAGGCAGCUUUUGGAUGUCUUUUGGGCUAGUCACAAUUCCACACAGGUUUUUGGUCAAGGUCCUGAUGUAGGUAACCAAUACAGGUCAAUAAUUUUCAAUAAUGGAACUGAGGAGGCGAGGAUGGCCGCUACUAGCAAAGAGAAAGAACAGGCUAAAAUAAAAAGCAGCCUGGUGAUAACACAAAUUGAGCAAUUGGGAGCUGUCUAUCCUGCAGAAUAUGAGCACCAGAAAUUUGAGCUUAGACGGCACCCCUUUCUCCUCCAGCUCAUGGGAAACUUGCCAGAUGAGGAGCUUGUGCAAUCUCGAUUGGCAACAAAGCUCAAUAGUUAUGCUGCUGGGUUGUGCCCUCCUGCUACCCAGAAGUUGAUGGAUUCAAAGAUAAAUGACAUCCUAAAAAAGGGAUGGCCCAUUUUGCAAGAGUUGUAAAACAUUUUUAUCCUCCCUUUGAUUAUAUAAAGGGCUUGGUUCUUUAUGGAAAUUGUUUUGGCAAAAACAAUCUUAUUCAUCAAACUAAAAUGCUACAACAUAGAUGGAAGUA